AUGAUGAACACCUUUAUUGCAAGCUGGAUGAGAGCAAGGAUGGUAGCCUCGUCGAUUCUCGCCGCGCGGCUGAACGGAUCCAACGUGGUUGGGGCCACCGGCGACGCCAACGCCACCGGGCGAGUCUGCCUCCCCGUCUUCAAAAAAGACGGCGACUACAACGUCUUCUAUAGUGUCGUCACAUCCACCUCCGACGCCGACGAGCCGUACGCCGCUUCGAUCUAUCAAGGCGCAGCGGGAGAGGCAGGAACCGCUGUUCAUAAUACUGUCGCUGCAGGAGAAACCGCCACGUGGGCGAAUCUUACUCGUCCGCCGCCUCCCCCGCCCAAGAGCAAGAAGAACAAGGGCACACCGCCCCCUCCACCGCCUCCCAAGGAGCUGGUGGAUGCAAUUAUCGCGAAUCCGGAUGGUUACUACGCGUCGUUCGCGACGCUUGCUUUCGAGUCGGGUGCAGCGCGGGGGCAGUUUCAGUCGGACCCGCUUCCACCGCCGCCUAAGGGCAAGAAGGGCGGGAAGGAUGGUGGGAAGAAGGGCGGAGGCAAGACUGGUGGCGAUCGGUUCGGCACUCUCGUUGGUGCGGUCGCAGCGCGCGUCAACGGCUCUAACGUUGACCUCCAAGCUGACGUCAACGCCACGGGCUGCGUUGACCUCGCCAUCUUCUUAAACGCCACAACUAACGACUACGACAUUUAUUACCACGUCCGCAUCAGUCUGAAUGACUCUGGGGAGCCCACUGGUGUCGUCAUAAAAAAUGGCGCUGACGUGGCACUCACCGUGACCACCAGCGACGCCAAGUGGACCAAUCGCACGCUCACAGAUGCCGAGCGCGCCAAGCUGGGCGGGAAACUGACUCCCAAGGGCAAGAAGGGCAAGCAGCCGCCUCCCCCGCCUCCUCCACUCGGUUACAACUACAAAACCACCGGCACUUGGCUAAGCGCCAGUACUUUGACGGCGGAUAACGGGCAGACGUACAAGGAGCUGGCAGAUGCCAUGCUGGCUGCUCCUACCUCUUACUCUGCUCUCGUCUACACCAAGACGUACGAGAACGGUGCAGCGAGCGGUGCUUUCGUAGAUGUCACCAUGAAAGAUGGUGAUGGGUCUGGCGCAUUUGGCGUCAAACUGCGCACAAAAGCCAGCUUCGGCCUUGCCUGA